ACAUUUAUGUCAACAUGGAAAAUGAAAAACCUAUCUUUUCUUCAACAAUUCAUACAGGUUCAAACUGCUCAAAAAGGACCAUCACUUCAGGUGUUAUUGCUGGUCUGGUGCUGUCAAGUUUCUUACUGCUGGUUGGACUCAUCACCCUCGGCGUUUUCUACCGUGACUCAAAAAGUGACUUCUCAAAACUCUCCAACAUCAAAGACCUGCUGAACACCAACCUCACUGAAAUGGCCAAUGAACGGAUCAAGUACUAUGAUUUAUUAAAUGAUUUCUCAAAACUCUCCGACAUCAAAGACAAUCUGACAUUGCGUCUCCAAGCCAGUAAAGAGAAGCUUUCCUCCCUGACUGAAGAGAGGGACCUGCUGAAAUCCAACCUCACUGAAAUGACCAAAGAGCUGACCAAGUACAAAGCAUGUCCUGCAGGAUGGAGGAAGUUUAGGAGUUCCUGUUACUUCCUCUCUACAGACCGUCAAACCUGGGAUAAAGCCAGACAGGACUGCCGAGUCAAAGGAGCAGAUCUGGUGGUGAUCAAUGACUCUGAGGAGCAGAGCUUUCUCUCUACAUUCGGCAAUAAAGAAAGUUGGAUUGGCUUAAAUGACAAGGGAGUGGAAGGGACCUGGAAGUGGGUUGAUGGGAGUCCUCUGAUUCUAGCGAAUUGGGGUGCUGGUGAACCUAAUGGGGCUAAUGUCCGGGAAGAAGACUGUGCUCAUAUCAGAAAUGAUGACCGCAAAUGGAAUGAUCUUUCAUGUACAGCCUCUCUAUAUUGGUUCUGUGAAAAAGUACAUUAGAUACUGUGUUUCAUUGAAAAUGUUAUUUAGUUGAGCCAUAAUCAAGCUGUGAAGACCCCAUCACGUUACAAAAGGCUUUCAGAAUAAUUGGGAUCAUUACUGGCCAGCAAUGUCAAUAGCCAUCUUUUUUCAGCUUCUAAAACUACUUUUAAUAAUUUUUAAAUCAUUUUAAAAACCACUGCUUAAAACAAAAAAUGAAGCUGUUCUUUCACCUCUAUUUUCAGAUCAGUGUCCAAACUGCAUUUACACACACAUUUUAUACCAUUUUAUUUCAUUCCGUGUACCUAAUUUUGACGUGUCCUCAUGCUGCUCCACUAACUUCAGUGAAUGCAAAAAGUUGUUAAAGGACACAACAUUAACAUACUUUUUAAAUGUCCUCAUUUUUCUUCACAUGUUCUUCAAUAAAACUCGUAAGUUUGAUCGACUAUAUUCCAUUUUUAAAAUAAUUCUAAACCUUUUGUCAGUGUCUCCGAAACUGCUGUCUACCAUGUUGUUAUGAGGUAAAUGACCAUUUAACAUAUAGACGGAUGUAAUUAGUAAAAUGAUCAACACCAUUUUGUCUUAUAGGAGUUGGGUCAACUACUGCAAAUACAUAAAAUUCCUGCCUUAUAUUUCCAAUUUUCAUCAUAUUGUGUUUGUAAUUAGGUUGGUUCAUGCUUAAUUUGUCC